CGGAGCGUACCCGCGGAUCGAUUGUUCGAUUGCGUGGUCGGUCCGCCGUCCGUCGUCUCGUGUCUGCCUCGGCGGAGCGCGCGAUGGUGUCCCACCGCGGUUCAGUUCACCUCGUGCGGUCGUAGCGUAACAAGUGAUGCAUCCCCGUCGAGCCGGCGUCGUCCUCGCGUGUCUCGCGACAUGCACUACCCUCCUCGUGGCCGUAGAAGCGGUGCUCCUGCUACCCAACACGUCCGGGAUCAGCGGCCAGCUCACCGCAAACCUCAAAGUCGACCAUUUCUUCUCCCUGUGGCUGGUCUUCAACAACGACGAUGUUAAGAUGUCAGAAGAGCCAUUUACCAUACUGGCUCCCCAGAACUCAGCCACCAAACGGGCCGAAACCUUCCUCCAUCAACCGGAGCUCGUGAAGAAGCUGUUGCUGGACCACAUGGUGUUGGGUACGCGCAUUGACCUAUCUAACGUCACGGAGGACACGUCUUUCACUACACUAGGCGGGCGUACCGUUAAAAUUCGGUUUUCCAAGGACGACGGCGGAAAAUUGAAAGCCAACGACGCCGUCGUCAUCGAGCGAAAAGUCGAGGUCCCGAAUGGUCUGCUCGUAGUCCUGGACAACUACCUCUUCCCCGAGGACCAACUGAUGAGAAAGAAUGCCUCCCAAGGAAAGUUAGUCGACAUAUCCGCGUACUCUGUAGUCACGUCCAAGGAAGAAAGCAAAGCCCUAUCGAACACCACCUUCGUAGAAAACAUAAUGGAAGUAUUGUCCUACCUCAAGAGUGGCGUCAGAGUGUUCCAGCACUUCCUGUCGCGGUCGAAUGUGUCCAAGCUUCUACGGGAAGAUGAGGAAUACACUGUGUUCGUUCCAACGGAUCACGCUUUCCAGAGGUGGCACCCCAUCGACUGGGGUUUCUACCCAUUCAGCGUUCCGGAAUUUACGGAGAGUGUCAUCGUCAAUCACUUCGUGCAGGGGCGUUUGAAGCAGGAGACGAUAAAAGAUGGAGACGUCGUGAAAACGCUAGGAGGGAAAGAAAUUGUAUUCAAGAAGGCUCCAAGUCUCACUGUAAAUGGAGCCACGAUAGUCAAGGGUGACACCCCAGUAGCGAAAGGUAACAUUAUGUUUAUCGGUGAAGUCCUGUUCGUCAGCGAAUCAGUAGUGUCGAAGCUACACCAACAACACAAAGAUAAAGAGACGCCUCCCCUGUUGGCUUUUCCCUGGUUUGGAGCCCAGUUCCUCUCUCACGCCUUUCUAGCCCUCGAGAGAGACAAAAGAUUCACACACGUCACCAGGUUCUUGAAUCUGGCCGAUCUGGCACCACACGUCUCAGGUGCGGGCUACACUUUCUUUGUACCCACUGAUACAGCAUUCGAAGAAUUGGGACUGGACAAAAUGCCUGACAAUUAUCUGUCCAACGGUGAUGGACUUCAGAUCUUGUUGAAUCAUUUCGUAAAGGGAAGACUGUACGACAAGGAUUUGAUAGACGGAAACCAACUGACAACGCUGGGAAACAAGACUAUUGCUGUUAAAAGGGCCAACGGUCAUGUCGACGUAAACGAUGCAACGAUAGUAGAAAGCGAGGUGUUCGUUUACAACCUAGGCACGAUGUUCUACAUAGACAAAGUUUUGUUCACGACUGCAAACAAUUUGCCUGUUACCAGUACAGAAGCGGAGAUUACUACAUCUGAACCAUUUACGACUGUGUCGAAUGUUGAAAAAGUACCCGAAGAACUAGCGGAAGAGUCUGGCUCGCUGCCCGAUGUGCUUUUCGCUGACAGUGCUGCAGUUACCGAAAUAGAAAAUCAGACAGAGACUGUAACAGUAGGCCCGACUGUGGCUCCUAACAAUACGAUAAAAUAAAUAAGUGGUUCCUAGAAAAUUGGGUCGUUCAUGCUGACGUAAUUUGAUGAGUUAUGUCGUUUCCAACAUCAAGAUUACUGCAUUUGUGUAUAAAAAAAUUAUUUUAGACAGAUUACUACCAGGAUAAUUCUGUUAAAUCACCUACUUUUUUUUUUAAACAGGGUAUGUUGUAAAAAAUACUCAGUUACGUUAUCAUAUAUCUUAUUUUAUUAAAACCAAACAGAAUAUAUUUAUAUGCUAAUUUAAGUUGCUGGAAGGAGCGUUUGAGUGACAAAAACUGGAAAGGUAUACAAAAUCAAGUUCAUAUCAAUAUAAUUUUUAAGGCUUUCCUAUGUGCAUAAACCACUUCAAUAAUUUACAGGGCUAUAUAAACAUAGAAAGGAUUUAGAGCAGUAUGUAUUAUUUACUUUUUCACUAUGUACAUUACUAUGUGUAUAUAGUCAUAAUAAUAAAAAUAUUUAUGUAUUAAGGUUAGUAAUAUUAUAUAGAAAAAUGACUGAUGAAUAUUAGAAAAGCAAUUUGCAAAUAUUUUGUGAAUUGGUUUAUAUUUCUAUAAUAAAAAUAAAUUAAAAUAUGUCUGUUUACUUAGUAAAUAGAUAAAUGUUGUGUAAUUCUUGAGCUUUUAAUAAUUAAUGUUUAGCUGUAGUAUAUAUAUACGGUUAAGAAACAUUCCAUUUAGGGUGUGACGUUUAUUAAUUUAUAAGAAAUUCAUUGUUAUUUUAAUACGGACAUAAAAUUUAACAUCUCACUAAGUUUCUUAGGGGCGUAGAUUUAAGAAUUUCCAGAAGUCUACAUAAAAAAACUUAGUGAUUUGUUUUCAGCUCUUAUAUUGUUAAUAAAUGGAUUUUACUCCUA